AGUAAUACCACAGAUGUCUGAACAGCAUAUUAGCAGUGUCGAAAUCAAUAGUUAAUAAUUGAAAACAUUUUUUUCUAUCUAUAACAAAAGUUAGCGUAAUCGAGGUCUCCUGUGAUUUGUGUGCAUACUUGCUGAGGUUUCCUUUGAUAUAAAUUGCUUGUGUAAAAUGGUACGUAUCUGUCUGGCAAUGUGCAUCUUGGUAUCCAUCAUCCUGGCUUUUGUGGAUGCUGCAUACAAGAAGCCUCCGUUCAACGGCAGUAUAUUUGGCAAAAGAGGAAGCACUAUCAUUGAAUACGAGAAUGCGGGAAAAGCACUUUCUUCUCUUUGCGAGAUAGCAUCAGAAGCCUGUUCAGCAUGGUUUCCAUUGCCGGAUAAUUAGCAACUUGCUAAUGGAUAAA